GGAAAGCGAAAAGAACCUCCUCUCAACAGACAUUUUCAUAAAAAAAAAAGAAUCACGAGACACUUUGACUCUUAAGUUUCGUACGAUUACGUACAGUACUUACUGGGCGCACCUACCAAGUGGUCUGCCUUCUAUCGUUUAAUCGCAUCGUGCAGCAUCCCCCCUUCUCAUCCCAUAAAUCGAUUUACUUCGAUCGAAUUAUCUCAGCUAUCUCGUACCUCUAACUCGAAAGCCACACUCUAGACAUGGCGAAGGUAGAACCUGCCAAUACAACGGGCGAAGCAGCUCUAGCCCGAAAGCACAGAAUCGCGAUGAGAAAGCAGCGAGCGGUCUCCUCCUGCUCUCUCUCCGAUGAAGAUUCUCUGUGCGAGAGGGCUAGAAGCAAGCGCCAGCGUGUGGCUCUCGACGCAGAGGUCGAGCCCAUGGUCAUUUCUUCGGCUACUGAUUCUGAUUCUGUGAAGAAGACAACUCCAAAUGACAUACUGGAGUCGAUCAAGAAAAAGAAGCCACACAUUACUGGUAUCAAAAAGCAGUCUCGCUACGACCCAGGUGUGGAAAUGACCAAGGAAGAACUCAAGGCAUGGAGGAAGGAAGCGCGACGUGUGCGCAAUCGAGAGAGUGCUGCUGCAUCGCGCAAGAAAAAUCGCGAAGCCAUUGAACAGCUGGAAAGCCAAGUCAAAGGAAUGCAGUCGAAGUAUGAUACGGCCCUGGGUUAUAUCAUUCAUCUCCAAGAGCAACUGAGACAAAUCGGCAUGUCUCCGUUGUCUUGCCCCUCCUCAGUUUUGCUUCAAGACCUGGAAGAUCUCAACAAAGAUUCCUCCGAAUGUUUACCUAGACAAACUGUUUCGCCUCCUCAAUCGCCAACUCCCAUCGAACAAUCCUCCGUUGAAGUCGAUCCUCUCCAUCUGACUCCGCAAGCAGAACACCGUCAACAAGAUAGACAAAGGCACCUCGUACUCCGAAAUGACCCUGACAAGAACUUUUUGUCCCAGCCUUCCUCGAGACAUAGUCCAAGCCAUCCCGCCAUUCCGAACUCUCAAAAGCACAUAAUUGAUAAUAUGAUCAUUCGACCUAUUGCUUGCGUCUAGAUCAAUCAAACCCCUCAUAAUACAUUCUGCAGCAAGUGCAGCUGUCCACUCAGCUGCAGCAUUAUGCUAUUAUAUUAAUAACUUCCAGCAGCGAAGAUCUCUCCUGGUGCGAAUGAGAAGACUGUGAAUGAUUGCGGUGGCAUCGACCAUGAAUUGAGCAAGGCCUGGGCACACACGGUUCGCGACACCGUCGUUUCCGAUGACGACGCAGCCAAUGCCUUCAAGACUGUGACAAACGGCGAUUCUCCUUCUCGCCAUCUGGCAGUCAGUCAGACGACGACGAUGGAAACAGACCAUUCUUCAUUCUCAGGAAGCGAUGAUGACACGGUUAUUGAAUCGGAACAACCCAUGUUCCUGGACGGGCUUCCUCCCGUAACGGUCAAUGAUGGCUGCAUCGAUGAAAUCGAUGAAGCAAUCCUCGGUUGCGAUGUAGGCACCGAACACGAUGACGUGAUGGCUGUAUUUCUGCAGGACACAUUUGAGCCAAACGCGUCGAGAUCCCAAGUUGAGCCCUCUCUGGAAAGUGUGGUGGACUCGAACGACAUCGACGCGCUGCUCAUUGCCGAAAAUGAAGCCCUGAUGCUGUUCCCCGAUAGAUCAUAAGUGAAGCGAAACCCAAACCACGCAAGCACAAUCUUUCGGCAUGCAGUGGAGGUAUUCACUUUCGAUAAUAUUGACGCCUUAGGGGCAGUAGACGUCUGAACUUCCUCUGAACGUCGAAUCCUAUGGUGUCUCUGGGCAGAAUACGAUCUGGCGAGCGAGAACUUUCUCGAUAUUCUUUAUUUUUUAGAUUCAACAAAAAAGUCUAGUAACGAAAACCAAGUUUCUACAUGAGUACAAGUACCGUACACAGUUGUGUCAACUUUUUGAAAUCAAAUGCGUAUCGUUCA